GAUGCCUAGCAAUUAGCAAAGCAAUUGACCUCACCAUCGCCCGGGUUCUUGUCCCGGCGCUCUGCUGCCAGCUGCUGCCGUGCUAGCUUCCAACGCGCGGACACGCGAUUCAUUCAUCACCAACGUCUUGAAAAGCGGCAGCGUGAUCUGUAAAAAAAAACAGCGGUAAACCAGUCGGAUUCCGAGGAGCCUGAAUAAACAAGGGAACUCCAGAGGAACUCCUCCCGGCCCAAAAAGCACUUUUUCCUCCUCGCGUCCCGUCGUCAGGGACAGGGAGGGAGGGAGUGGGGAGCAUUGCUGUGCGGGAUGCCGAGGAGGAGGAGGAGCGGAGGCGGUGGCGGGGUGCUGGAUGUGGCGCGGCGGCUGAUGCUGCUGUCCCUGGCCUGCUGCUGCAGCAUUUCGCCAGGCGGGCGGAUCUUCGCUGCUGCGGACACUGACCCCAACGAUCUUAAUGUCCUCAACACGCUCUUCACCAGUCUGAAUUCUCCUGGGCAGCUCACAGGUUGGCAGGCAAAUGGCGGCGAUCCUUGUGGCCAGUCAUGGAAGGGCAUUACUUGCUCAGGAUCAGGGGUCACUAAAAUCAUAUUACCAAACUUGUCACUCACCGGAACUUUGGCCUACAACAUGAAUAACUUGGGUUCAUUAGUUGAGCUUGACAUGAGCCAAAAUAACCUUGGCAGUGGAGCUCAAAUACCGUACAAUCUUCCCAAUAUGAAGCUUGAGAAACUCAAUCUUGCAGGAAAUCAAUUUGGUGGAAAUUUACCCUACUCGAUUUCAACGAUGCCUAAUCUUAAGUAUUUAAACCUUAAUCAUAACCAACUACAAGGAAACAUCAGUGAUGUAUUUUCCAGCCUUUAUAGUUUGUCAGAACUGGAUCUCUCCUUUAAUUCUCUUAGUGGUGAUCUACCACAAAGUUUCACUGGAUUGUCAAGCCUGAAAAAAAUAUAUUUGCAGAACAACCAAUUUACUGGUUAUAUCAAUGUCUUAGCUAAUCUCCCUCUUGAAACUCUGAAUGUUGCGAACAACCAUUUUACUGGUUGGAUUCCUAGUCAGCUUAAGAAGAUAAACAGUCUACAGACUGAUGGAAAUUCUUGGAGCACAGGACCAGCACCACCGCCACCUCCAUAUACAGCACCGCCGCCUCCUCCAAACCAUUGGAACGGUGCAGGUCAGCAUGGUGAUGGUUCAUCAAGUUCUGGUGGAAGAUCUGGCAUAGGUGGUGGAGGUGUAGCAGGAAUCAUUAUAUCGUUGCUGGUUGUUGGAUCAGUUGUUGCAUUUUUCCUGAUCAAAAGAAGAAAACGCAAAGCUGCUAUGGAAGAACACUUUGAACAGCACCAGCCGUUCACUUCCUUCCCUUCAAAUGAAGUUAAAGACAUGAAGCCUAUCUAUGAGUCCACCGCAGUAGACAUAGAGUCUUUGGCUUCACCUGCUUCAAUUAAUCUGAAACCACCCCCGAAGAUAGAACAGAACAAAUCAUUUGAUGAUGAUGAUGAUGAUUUUUCAAACAAGCCUGUUGCAAAGAAAAGUAAUAUAACACCUAUAAAGGCAACUGUUUAUUCAGUUGCAGAUCUACAGAUGGCAACAGAUAGCUUCAGCUUCGACAACCUUGUUGGAGAGGGUACUUUUGGACGUGUUUACAGGGCACAAUUCAAUGAUGGAAAGGUUCUGGCCAUCAAGAAAUUAGACAGUACUGUGAUGCCAUUUCAAUCAUCUGAUGACUUUGCUGAACUGGUCUCGAACAUUUCAAAAUUGCACCAUCCGAAUCUGAAUGAGCUUGUGGGCUAUUGCAUGGAACAUGGCCAGCACUUGCUUGUGUAUGAUUUCCACAGGAAUGGAUCGCUUCAUGAUCUACUCCACCUUUCAGAUGAGUACAGCAAGCCACUUAGCUGGAACUCUCGUAUCAAGAUUGCACUUGGCUCUGCACGUGCCCUGGAGUACCUUCAUGAAAUAUGUUCUCCAUCCAUCAUCCAUAAGAAUUUCAAGUCAUCAAACAUUUUGCUGGACUCAGAAUUCAAUCCACACCUUUCAGAUGCUGGACUUGCAAGCUUUAUUCCUGAUGCUGAAUUCCAGGCAGCAGAACAAAGUGCCGGAUACACUGCCCCAGAAGUGGACAUGACCGGUCAGUACAACCUCAAGAGUGAUGUCUACAGCUUUGGAGUCGUCAUGCUUGAGCUAUUGACAGGACGUCGGCCAUUUGACAGCUCUAGACCCAGGUCAGAGCAGUCACUUGUGCGGUGGGCAACACCCCAGCUGCAUGACAUCGAUGCAUUGGACAGGAUGGUCGAUCCUGCACUCAAGGGUCUAUACCCAGCCAAAUCUCUAUCCCGAUUUGCUGAUGUCCUUGCCCUGUGUGUCCAGCCUGAACCAGAAUUCAGGCCACCAAUGUCAGAGGUGGUGCAAGCAUUGGUUCGACUUGUGCAGAGGGCCAACAUGACGAAGAGAAUGCUUGAUGGAGAUACUUCUCGGCGACCAGAUGACCAGGACCAAGAUUUCAUAUGACAAGCUGAACUCGAGCCUUUCAGCUACUUCUCAGAUUGUAUUUAUUUCGUUUGACUAGCACCCAGCAGAGAGAUAAUCACACAAGUGGAAGAAACAGAACUUUGUCAGCUUCGCCAGUAAAUAAUCACAGGUUUUUCUUGGUAGAAAAGGAGUUGUGCUCUAUGGACUAUGGUUGAUGGUUGUAUUGUGUCACCGAAAUAGUACCUUCAUCUUACACUAAUGAUAUUCUGUAUAGUGUCAACUGUCAAGUUUGCCGAAUGUUAAAAUAAUCAAGUAGUUCAGUGCUGCUGAAACAAGUUGCACGAUGAGUAGUCA